CCCUGUACGCCUGCCACACUGCCGACGCACACGACAGCAGCCUGGUGGAGUGGAGUACUCGUGUAGUAAUUACACAGGUAGCCUAACAAACCAAGCUGAACGCUUGUUGGCGUAUAUAGUCCUGUAAGAGACGAAAACAAUCGCACUGGUGAUUGUUCCAACAUCUUUGUUCUAUAAAAGUACGAACAUUUUAAGUUUACUUAGGACUCAAAGGGUUAACACAGUUUGAAUAUUUCUGUCAUAUUCUGAUAUUAUCAUAAAGACAGUGUGGUGUUAUAAUCUACCAAAGACAUACCAAAAUGUGCCGACUUCUGAUUCUGUUAAUCGCCUUAAGCUGUUGUUGCAAGGCAAAUCUACUUAUAAAUCGUGAUUCACAUGAUGACGAGAAAAAUACGAUUGUCAUGGAAACGAACCGAAAACGGCCGCGUAAAGGAAAUGAAUGGGACUAUGGAGGCGAUAUUGGCCCAGAUCACUGGUAUAAGACAUACCCACAGUGCGCCGGCGACAAUCAGUCCCCGGUCAGUAUCGACACGACACUGGUGGUUUAUGAUGAGGCGCUGAAAGGACUGCAGUUGGACGGAUAUAACAGUGUUUCCGCGGUCAACAUGAGUCUCACAAAUAACGGACAUACAGUUCAAGUAGACCUUCAGGGCCAGUCACUCACCAUCCAGGGUGGAGCACUUCCGGGGGUGUACAAGGCAGCACAGUUUCACUUCCACUGGGGAGCAGAAAAUAAGCGGGGGUCUGAACACAAUCUGGAUGAUCAGAACUUUCCAAUGGAGAUGCACAUCGUGCAUUACAAGGACGAUUACGCCAAUAUAAAGGAAGCCAUGGUGAAUGACAAAGGACUUAUGGUUCUCGGCUUCUUCUUCAAGGUCGGACGACACAAUCGCCAUUUCGAUGACAUAUUAGGCCACUUCAACGAAAUAACCCAUAAAGAUGAUCACGUUAAUAUUCCCACAAUUCCUCUCCGGAAGUUAAUGGCAAACAACCUUGACUUGUACUACCGGUAUCGGGGCAGCCUCACGACACCACCUUGCUACGAGAGUGUCAUUUGGACAGUUUUCAGGGAACCCAUUGAAAUAUCACAGUUCCAGGUCGAGCAAUUCCGUAAUAAGGUGAAGAAAAACUACCCAGAUGAGCCUGAUCUUGACCUCACAGAUGAUUUCCGACCAGUGCAGCCUCUGAACCAUCGAAUAAUAUACGGCAGUCACAUAGACACGUUGAUGCCAUAUCGUUCCCAUGGAGAGAAUGGCGCAGGCCACGCACAACUUCCGUUCUAUCUACUCCUACUGUCCGUCUGUAUAAGUCUGUUUGUGUAGUGUUUAUCUGUAGCAUAAAUAAGUGUACAAUGGUUGAUUUAGGACCAAUGUCGUUUGAUUACAAGUAGAUAUUUUAAAGGGUUUGUAAGCUACAAUCUGUGAUAAAUAUGAAAGAUAUGUAGGGCAAUAACAAUAAUAGAAAAAGGCUGAUUUUUUAUAUAAAUAUUUUUAUUUUACCAGACGAGUUUCUCUUAAAAAAGACCUGCAAUAUCUCAUUUAUGACAAACAUUAAUUAGCAGUAUAUUAUAUUUUAAAAAAACAUAUUUUGUCAUAUAUUUCACUUAUCAGACGAAACCCAACGAGAGGCGUUGAUAAAAUUAUUGUAAAAAUAGGUAUAUUCUAUGAUCUUGACAAGUGGAUUCCUAUCGUAGUUUAACGUAUCUCUCUGGUUAAUCAAUAACAAAUCAUAUUAUUAUUGCUAUCUACAUAUAUAAACGGACAGUGUUCAUCUUUAUGCAAAUCAUACACACCAUCGUGUCUAACAAAAAAGGUAUUGAAAUCCUAGUUUGGCUUUAGAAGUAGUAUGCUUUAGUUAGGGAAUAUAAUUAAUUCAUAGAAAAUGGAAAAAAACAAUUGUGGAAUAAUGCAAGUGCAAUAUCAUGUAUUAAAUUCUGAAAAAAAAAACAAUCUUCUCUAACAAAUUUGAACUACAUGCAACAUUAGCUUAUAGAACAAGGCUAGACUUUUUUAGGUGUUUUUUUUGUAUUGCGCUUUGAUCGUUUUCUAACAGUGUUUGUUCAUAUUUUGUUAGAGGGAAUUUAGAUGUAAGGUCAGUACUUACAUCUAACUAAGUUAUUAUUUUCGAUGUAGCCAUUCACAUCUGCUUAUUUAGCAAGGUUGUUGCUAAGAGACAGAAAUAGAAUUGAAGGAAAUGGUUCAAUUUGUAUAGUAUAUGACGCAGAUACAGACAUUUUUCCAUUUUUUUAAUCACAAAAUCAGUUGAUUUCGAAAACGUCUUGAAUAUAUAACCCGUGGUAUUAAAUAUCUAGACACGUGUUAAAUC